GCUUUCAUUCUACGCAAACCGACUCUGUUUUCAUGAACCCUCGUUCAUGCUCCUUACGAAAUCGAUGUUGUGAUUUCACCAUUUUUUUGGUGUGUUAAGCAGAGGAAAUUCAGAAGGCAUGGAAAAUUCCCAAGAUGAACCACUUCCUCCAGGUGUUCCUUCGUGGCCAAACUAUGCCCUUGCCGCUCCUUCACCUCAAUACCCUUUUCCUCCCAACGCCCCCAACAACCUUCAACAUGAAAUUAACCCUUCCAAUUCUAAUCUUACUGUGAACACUAGAGUGGAUGAUGCCACAGUUACAGUUUCAAAUAACAUCGCUUCGAACUACUAUGGAGCACAGUUCAAUGGGUCGCGCGACAUUGAUAUUGCUGCUCAGGAUGCAGUACUGCGCGAACAAGAAAUUGCGAUGCAAAAUGUCAUAAGGAGUCAAAGGGAGGGAAGAACUGCUGUUGCACCUAACGAGGACAAUUUGGAUAUAUUCUCGGAGCGGCGUGACCCCAACGCUUUGAAGGAGCAUCUGUUGAAAAUGGCCACAGAGCAUAGGGCUGAAAUGGCUGUGAAACGUGGGAAAGCUGCACGUGUGGAAGAAGGUAACACAGAAAUAGGCAAUGGAUAUGGUGUGCCCGGUGGAGGUGCCUAUUAUGAUGGUCCAAAACUUAAUACUGCUGCAGUAGGUAACAGUGCCAUCAGUCAGUCUGAUCCUAUACUCGAUAGAUGUUCAGAACAGAAACCUGCAGCUAAAGAAUUGCCUGAGUACCUCAAGCAGAGGUUGAGAGCUAGGGGUAUUCUUGGAGACAAUUCAUGCACGGCAGAUCUUAAAGCCACCGCAGAUGAAGUUACGGAAUAUCGAAAGUUGCCACCAGGAUGGGUUGAGGCAAAAGAUCCUGGAAGUGGGGCAUGUUAUUAUUAUAAUGAAAGUACAGGAAAGAGUCAAUGGGAAAAGCCUCAAGAAUCAUACUUAACUGAGCAAUCACCAUCAUCUUCACAUCUCCCAGAAAAUUGGGUGGAGUCAUUGGAUGAAACAACAGGUCAUAAGUAUUAUUACAAUACAAAAACUCAUAUAUCACAAUGGGAGAGGCCUAAUUUAGCUCACGAAGUUUCUGUUGGUGAUGGAUAUGACCAAUCAUCUAAUUUACCACGGUGCAUGGGAUGUGGUGGGUGGGGUGUUGGCCUUGUUCAAGCAUGGGGUUACUGCAAUCACUGUACAAGGGUUCUGAAUCUUCCUCAAUGUCAGUAUUUGUUCUCAAGUUUGAACAAUCAGCAAAGCAGUGCUGCACAUCCCUCUCAAAUUUCAGACAAUAAGUCUAACAAAGAGAGGUUAGUUGCAUGAAGAUCUGCAGUGCUAUUAAUUUUUUAACAAAAACUCAU